AUGAGUACUGAAAUACUUCGUGUUAUAAUUGACGGUCUCAAUGCCCCUCCCUUUGAUCGUAACUUGACACUGGUCAAGUUGGAUUCUAUGAGCAAUGAGAAGUUGUUACAAACAUUGUCUGAUGUGCUUAGUUGGAUUGAGGGGCUUGUACCUAUUUCAGAAUUUAUUGACAUUCGGUCAGAAAGUGCUGAUGAGACUGCUAUGCGAAUUCUGGCUACACUUCGAAUUUUAAAAUAUCCACCUCCACGUGAUAUUGACGAAAUACAGCGCUGGAGAUUAGAUUUGUUAGAAGGAAACAAAAGAGCAAUUUAUCCAAUCCUUAAAUGGAUUUUUGAAAAUGUGGAUCAGCUGAAGGAACGGAUUUAUAUUGGGUUAGGGAAUUUUAAAAAUUAG